GGCGCAUGCGUGCGGGGCGGGCCCGGCCCGGCCUAUAUAUUGGGUUGGCGCCGGCGCCAGCUGAGAGCUGAGCAGUAGCGGGUCUGGCGAGGUUUCACACACCUGAAAGAAGAGAAUGUCAAGACGAAGUAGCCGUUUACAAGCUAAGCAGCAGCCCCAGCCCAGCCAGACGGAUUCCCCUCAAGAAGCCCAGAUAAUCCAGGCCAAGAAGAGGAAAACAGUCCAGGAUGUCAAAAAAAGAAAAGAGGAGGUCACCAAGAAACAUCAGUAUGAAAUUAGGAAUUGUUGGCCACCUGUAUUAUCUGGGGGAAUUAGUCCAUGCAUUAUCAUUGAAACACCUCACAAAGAAAUAGGAACAAGUGAUUUCUCCAGAUUUACAAAUUACAGAUUUAAAAACCUUUUUAUUAAUCCUUCACCUCUGCCUGAUUUAAGCUGGGGAUGUUCAAAGGAGGUUUGGCUAAACAUGUUAAGAAAGGAGAGCAGAUAUAUUCAUGACAAGCAUUUUGAAGUUCUGCAUUCUGACUUGGAACCACAGAUGAGAUCAAUACUUCUAGACUGGCUUUUAGAGGUAUGUGAAGUAUACACACUUCAUAGGGAAACAUUUUAUCUUGCCCAAGACUUUUUUGAUAGAUUUAUGUUGACACAAAAGGAUAUAAAUAAAAAUAUGCUUCAACUCAUUGGAAUUACCUCAUUAUUCAUUGCUUCUAAACUUGAGGAAAUCUACGCUCCUAAACUCCAAGAGUUUGCUUACGUCACUGAUGGUGCUUGCAGUGAAGAGGAUAUCUUAAGGAUGGAACUCAUGAUAUUAAAGGCUUUAAAAUGGGAACUUUGUCCUGUUACAAUCAUCUCCUGGCUAAAUCUCUUUCUCCAAGUUGAUGCUCUUAAAGAUGCUCCUAAAGUCCUUCUACCUCAGUAUUCUCAGGAAACAUUCAUUCAAAUAGCUCAGCUUUUAGAUCUGUGUGUUCUAGCCAUUGAUUCAUUAGAGUUCCAGUACAGAAUACUGGCUGCUGCUGCCUUGUGCCAUUUUACUUCCAUUGAAGUGGUUAAGAAAGCCUCAGGUUUGGAGUGGGACAACAUUUCAGAGUGUGUAGAUUGGAUGGUGCCUUUUGUCACUAUAGUAAAAAGCACUAGUCCAGUGAAGCUGAAGACUUUUAAGAAGAUUCCUAUGGAAGACAGACAUAAUAUCCAGACACAUACAAAUUAUUUGGCUAUGCUGGAUGAAGUACAUUACAUAAACACCUUCAGAAAAAGGGGACAGUUGUCACCAGUGUGCAAUGGAGGCAUUAUGACACCACCGAAGAGCACUGAAAAACCACCAGGAAAACUCUAAAGAAGUUAACCAACCCAAAUAAGUUGGAAUUCACCAAGUACUGGAUAGUAUUUGAUAAAACCAAACUACUAAAGUUUUACAAGAAGAUAGUGCUGUGAUUUGUCCUGGCCAAUUCAGAAGUUACACUGCCAUUCUUUGAUGAAAAAACUUUAAAAAUUGGCACUAAGGAAGAAAUUGAAUUGUCUGUUAGCUGUUAAAGAAACAGCAGGACUUGUUUACAAAGAUGACUUCAUUCCCAAGGUUACUGGAGAGAAGCCAGCCAUAGCAACCUUUUUUAAGAUCCAGUGUUAUUAUGUUUAUCUUGAUAAACUAGGAAUUUUAUCAUUAAAGGGUACAUUAAGUGAUAUAUACCUUGAAUCUACCUUUUAGAUUCUCAAAAUUCCUACUCUUGACUAGUGCAAUUUGGUUCUUGCAAAUAAAAUUUAAACUUGUUUACAAAGGUUUAGUUUUGUAAUAAGGUGACUAAUUUAUUGAUAGUUGCUAUAGCAAGCUAUUAUAAAACUUGAAUUUCUACAAAUGGUGAAAUUUAAUCUGUUUUCUAACUAGUUUAUUUGCCUUGCCAUAAUACAUUUUUGUAACCAGUAAGGCUUAGAUGAACAUGGUGUUUAACCUGUGCUCUAAACAAUGAGAGUACCAAAGAAAUAAUAAACAAGAUAAAUGCUGUGGCUCCUACUUGGGGCUUUGACACAUAGGUUGCUUUAUAAUAACAUUGUUGUAUGUCACAAUUUUGGUGAAAACCUUAAGUACCCUUUCUAAUUAUUUAUGAGAAAGUCACUUUAUUACUCUAAGAUAUCCCUAAGGACUUUUUUUUUAGUGUGACUAAGGCUUUAUUUAAGUUUGCAAAACUGUUUUAGACAGUGUCAAAGUGACAAAGCUUAACACUUGGCCUAAACUUCUAUUUUCUUAAGGCAGAAGAGUAUUAAAUGUAUACUGACUCCUAGAAAAAUCUAUUUAUUAAAAAAAAAAACUUGCUGUAUAUAGACUAGCUACUUCUACAUAUAUAUUUUAAAUUAGCUUUUAAAAUAAAUUUCAGCCUCAAAGUAGAUAGAUUUAAUUAGAAAACAAAUUUUUGUUGUCAGACAUGUGAAUCUCUUCUCCCUUUGAAGAAAUUAUAAAUUUAAGCUAUUGUUAUGAAGUCUUCUGUAUAGUUUUUGUUUUUAAACUAAUUU